GUACAGAUGUCGAUGCGACACCAUCCCUAAGUGCUGUUCCAUUCUCAAAAUUUACGCAAAUUAUAAAUGACAUAAUAACUGUUGCUGAAGAAAUAACAACAAUAUAUCAGUCGGCCGAACAUAAUAAACGUAUUAGUAGAUUAUUAUUUGAAAGGAUUGUAGCAAUUGAAACAUCACUUCGAUUAUUAAAAGCAUAUAAAGACGAACACAAAGAAUUUUUUAACAAGCAGAAUUUU